AUGCAGGUGCGGACAGAGGCAGCAGCUGCUGCUGCUGAGUCAGCAGUAGCAGCAGCAACUGCAGCAGCGGCAGAAGCUGCUGCAAUAGAUGCCUCCCACCAGGACCAGACUGCGCAACACGAAAUGCCCCCUCUCCUCGAGUCUUCAAGGAACAGCAACAGCAACAGCAACAGCAGCAGCAACAGCAGCAGCAGCAGCAACAGCAGCAAAGCCUGCUCAAGCCCCAGCAGCUCUGCCAGCGGCAGCAGCGAUGUGCUGUGUACACCCAGCAGCAACAGCAGCAGCAGCAGAUGGAGGACCCGCUGCAGGGAGACAGAGAUAGGAAUGCGGCUAAUGCUGCAGCCAGCAGAAGUGUUGCUAGAUCGAACAACAGCGCUGCUCGCUGCACUAGCAGAGCCUGAGGUGUAUCGGCAGCAUUGGGCAGCAAUAAGUCCCGCUGCGUGCAGCAGCAGCAGCAGUUGCUGCUGCUGCUGCUGCAAGAACGGCUGCAACAAGAGCUGGAAAGGUAGCGGAGGCGGUUGUUGUGUUAGGGGAUAUGCGUGCAGAAGCAGUAACAGCAACAGCAGCAACAGCAGCAGCAGCAGCUGGACUGAUCAGCACCGAAGAUACAGCUGCAGCGGCAGCAGCUGCAGCCUUCCUGUGCCUCCUCACCCUGAGAGCCCUUCGGUAGAUUUGCUGCCAUUAUUUUUGUGUCGAGGUGAUGCAGCGGCAGCAGCAGCAGCGGCAGCAGCAGAACGGCACAGCUUCUUGCCUGCUGCUGCUGCAGCAGCUGCUGUACCGCUGAGGGACGCAGACGAUGUCGCUUGCUAUUGCCUGCGCCUGGAUUUCCUCGGGGGGCAGCACGAGGCAGCAGCAGGAGAUAAUGCUGCGGCAGAGAAGGGUCAGCAAGAGCAACAGCAGCAGCAAGAAGCACCAGCCCCCUGCAGUGGUUGCUGCAACAGCUGCUGCUGCUGUCGUCCCGCCAUAUGGACAGCGGAAGGACUUCCUUUUGAGCCUUGCCUCUUCGAAGGGCCUGCGGCAGAAGAGACGCAUCACUACCAGCAGCAGCAGCAGCAGGAGCAACAGCAAGAACAACAGCAAGAACAACAGCAAGAACAACAGCAGGAGCAGCAAGAGGAUCAUCAGGAGCAACAGCAGCAACAGCAGCAACAGCAGCAACAGCAGCAACAGCAGCAAGCUGCUGCUGCUGUUGCAUUCGCCGAUGAUUUGGUAGCCCGCGAUAUUCCCCCCAUUACUUUUUUGGGUCCUCCACCUGCUUGGAUGUCUGUACACCUAAGGCGAGACGAUCAUACGCAUACAACAGCAGCAACGGCAGCAGCGGCAGUGGCAGCAACUGCUAGAAUGGAUGCCUCUGGGGCACCAGCACAGCAGGCGACAACGGCUGCAGCAGCGUCUAUGGCGGAAGCAGCAGAAACAGAUGCUACCGCUGCUGCAUCUUCCCCUGCUGUACCUGCUACUGCUGCUGCUUCUGGUGGCGUCGAGGUGUUCGAUCCCGUGGCGUUCCCCACCCGCCUCUACGGCUACCACAUUGGCAGACGGUUUGCUGCAGCAGCGCGUGACUCCGCGGUGCUGCUAAGAAGGCAGCAGAGGAUGCAGCGGAAAGAAGCAGCAGCAGCAGCGGCGGAAGAUUUGGCCUGCCUCAAAACGGAAUCGGUAGAGGUUAUCCCCGAAUCGCAAAGGGUGCAUGCGCCGAGCAGCGAGAACAGCAGCAACAGCAGUAGCAGCAGCAGCAAGCUUGUGCGGUGCAUGUGUAGUUGCUGCGUUGCUGCAGACUCGCUGCUGCAGUUGCUAGAGUCAGAUCCCCCCACUUUCGUAGCAGUUGGCAGCAGCAGUAUUGGCGGAGGCAGCUGCAGCGGCAGGGGCCGGAGCUGUUACGUGUACCAGGGUGCUGCUGCUGGUGCGGGAAGCUACAGCAGCACCAGCACAAGCAGCACCACCAGCAGCAGAGGCAUAGGCUCUAGCAGCAGCAGGUCUUUAAAGGCUUCAGCUAACCUUAGAGAAGGAGUUUGGCUGCUUCGAACAGCAGCAGGAGGGAAGCCGUUUGCUGCACAAGCGGUGUUGCACCUGCGGGUACCUGGGUUGCUGUUACUUCAUGCAGCCCGCCGUCGCCAGAUGCUGCAGCAGCUGCAGCAGCAGCACUCGUACAACACCAGUUUCACCACCACCACCACGUCCACUACAGCCAACACCAAAGAUGGAGUGUUGGGGGAGCUCUGCUGCUGCUGCUGUGCUGAUAACACUGUCGACUGGCCACUGCAUCCGAAACAAAGCAGCAGCUCCAGCGGCACCACCAGCACCAGCAGCAGCAAGGAAACGCAGCAGCAGCAACAGCAGCAACAGCAGCAGCGCCCUGUGCUGUUGCACACUCACAACACGCAGGUAGAUAUAUCUCUUGUCAAGCUGUUGCUGCUGGAUGUACACCGUACCUCCCCAGACGAACCGCAGGGCCGCGUGCUACGACGGCUGCGGCGGAUGUGCUUGACAUGGUUCCGAUGCAAGAAGAUGGCGUUGCUGCUGCAGCGAGAGCAGCAGCCGCAACAGCAACAGCAACAGCAGCAACAUCUCCAGCAGGCGGAGACAGGAACUAUGCUGGGAUUGUCGGCGGCCCACCAGGACAGCUCAAGAACAGCACCAACAACAGCGGCGGCAACGACUGCUGCUGCUGCAACCGCAGCAGCAGCAGCAAGGUCGCUGCUGCAUAUAAAGGACAAAUUCUGUCUCCCAAGCCUGCCUAACCAGACCUUGCGCGUCCUCCUCGCCGAUGCUGCAGUUGAAGCUUCAUAUGCCGAGGAAUUGUCUGAAGUUGCUGGAGGCCUCAUCGAACGUCUCCGCAGAUUGGCGCGCCCCUUGCUGCUACAGGCUUGCUGCUGCAGCAGAGAUGCAGCGGCAGACGAGCGAGACACCAGCAGCAGUAGCAGCAGUAGCAGCUUCAGGAAACCAGAACAGCUUGUAGCAGUGGGUCUGAGGUGGCGGGAGGACUUCUUUUGUUUUGAGUUGUAUGCUGCUGCUGCCUCUCCACACCAGCAGCAGCAGCAGCAGGAAGGCAACGGCGAUGGUCAAAGCAGGAAGGACCUCUCCUGGUCCCUGCUGCUGCACGAGGUGCUGCAGCCCUGUGUCUUUGAUGCGGUGUCUGUACAUCUUACCUUCUGCCAGGCCUUACGUCGCCUGUCUCCGUGGCUGCAGCUGCAGCAGCAGCCUCUGCGGCUGCUGCGGCACACGGCUGAGGGACAGCAACUACUGCUGGCAGCGGGCCUGCGCUCGUGUGGCUUCGUGGAACAGCUGCUGCAGCGGCAACACCAGCAGCAGCAGCAACAACAACAACAACAGCAGCAACAACAACAACAACAACAGCAACAACAACAACAACAACAAGAACAACAAGAACAACAAGAACAACAACAACAACAGGAGGAGCAGCAGCAGCAGGAGCAGCAGCAUAAGCAGCCACAGGCACCUGAAGGCUGUCUAGAUACGGACACAGAGGGGGGCUUAUCUCCCCUCUUACGGCAUCAGAGCAGCGAGGGCUUUCAGUGGCUUGCGGCUGCUGCAGCAGAAGAUGCUGCUGGCCCAGUGGGGGAUCACGCGUCCCCUGCUGCUGCUGGAAGGGACACGACAGUUGUUGCUGCUUCUGGCGCUGAUGUGGAGGCAGUGGGGGCCGUAAAUCUCGAUGAGGCGCUGCAGCGGCUGGCACUUCUUAACAAACCCCUUGCGCAUGCUGACAGCAGCGCGCCGGAGGAGUCUACCGCCGAUCAGGCUCAACAACGGCAGCAGCAGCAGCAGCAGCAGCAGCAUGGGCUUCAGAACGUGAAGCAGGAGAAGGAGGUGCCUGAAGCCGCAGGCGAAACGGUCGCAGCUGCAGCCCCAUUGACAGGGCUGGAGGGCUCGAUGUUCUCACAGGAGGCACAACAGCAGCAGCAGCAACAACAAGAGCAGCAGAUACAGCAGCAGGUGCCGCAGCAGCAGGAGACGCAGCAACAGCAGCAACAGCAGCAACAGCAGCACGACCAGAAACAAGAAGCUGCUGCAGCAGAGGAAGACAUCAUUUCUUAUCUUAAGAGUGUAAGGCAGCUCCAAAGAGCAAAGCACAGCUCAGGCGGCCUCUUGUGCUGCAGCAGCAACAGCAGCACAUCGGCGACCUUCGAGGGGUCUGCUGCAUGCGCAGUUGUGCUGCAGCACCUGGAGAAGGAGGCGCAGCAGCAGCAACAGCAACAGAAGCAGCCACCGUAUCGUGUAGGUUGCAGCUGCUGUUGCAGCUCUAAAAAGCAAGAGGCGUAUGCAGCAGCAGCAGCAGGAGAAUUGCGGCAGAGCAAGGAGCCGACGACGCGUGGGUUGCUUGAGGCAAUUGCUGCUCCACUGCAGCAGCAGCAGCAGCAGCAACACGAACAGCAGCAGGUGCAGCGGCAGCAGCGGCAUGUACCGUCUUACACUUGCGAAUACCUCGGGGUAACCGACAUGGCUGCAGGAGACACCCUGACUCUUUCUUUGCUACUGACGCUGUUGCUGCCGACCCAGCGGAUGCUGCUGCCGCAAGGGCAAUUGGGGGCGAUGCGGCAUGCUUGCUGCUGUUGCACUGGUGCGGCAGAUGCUGCAGCAGCGGCCGGCGCAGCAACACCAGGAACAGCAACAACAGGAGCAACAACAACGUCGGCUGGCGUGCUGCAGCCCCUCGGUGAUAAAAGCCCAGCUUGGGGCAGUGCUUGCUGCUGCACCAACAGAAUGUGUCGCUGCUGCCGCCGCAGCAGCAACAGCAGUAGCAGCAGCAGCCAGAAAAAUGGAUAUGCUGGAUCGUCAGCGUCUCGCCUGAUUAUUCUUGCCCCGGCCUCAGGGGGAGGGGAGGAAGCAGAGGAGACAAUGCAUGCAUCUGAUGUACUGGGGCCGUUGCUGCUGUCGCAGCAGCAGCGGCAGCAGCAGCAGCGGCAGCAACAGCAGCAGCAACAGACACCUGCUGACGAUGAAGCAGUAGGCCACGCAGGUGAGGAGAGCACCAAGCCUAGCACGGCCCUCUCGAGCACAGAGGCAGGCAGCAGCAGCAGCAGCAAAAGCAGCAGCAACAGCAGCAGCACCACAGGUACUCUAUGGGCGCGCACUGUGAGCGGAAGCGUCUCCUUGAGAAUAACAUCGGCGGAGGAGGGCAGCAGCGGCGUAGACAGCGACAGUGAAGGGAAGCUCUCAUCGCCGUUGCAGCAGCAGCAGCAGCAGGACCAGGAGCAGCUGCCGUCAGCAGGUUCCUCUCCGCUCCCAGAUAACGUUGCAGGGCCACUUGGCUGCGAUGUCGGUAGCGGUAUUUCUAAGAGCAGUAACAGCAGUAACAGCAGCAACAGCACCAGUAGCAGCAGCGACGCCCAUUCAAAUGAGAAUCGUAUGGAUGUGCUGCUAGCAGCUCUGCGGCAGUUAGUUGGAUUUGUAAGGAAAGGCGCAGAAGUUGAUUUUGGAUUUCCUGUCGCAGCAGAACUCAUUGAGGAAGCAGGAGACGAAAUACAUGCUAUAUGCAGAGUUCCAGCUAAUGACAGGGCGCCUUCGCCGUUACGGCCCUUAACUACCGCAGCAGCUGCAGCAGCAGCAGCAGCGACUGGUGUUCCUAUUGCGGGGAGCAGCAACCAGCAGCAGCAAACGCACUAUCAGCAAGACUUAGCAGCCACAGGAGAAGGUGGGGAGAUGAUCGAAGGCCCCCGCGGCGCUGCUGCAUCCUCCAACAUUUCCGUACAGCAGCAGCAACAACAACAACAACAGCAAUCGGAGCUUCGGCUGCUGCCAGCGCUGUUCGCUGGCCUCUACCGUACGGGUGCCGCAGCAAAGCGUCGUUUGUUUCCACGUCAUCGCGUUGUCACAGCAGCAGCUGCUGCUGCUGCUGCUUCUGGAGCCAGUGGUCCUACUUCUCAUUCUAGGGGCCGUAGGCAGCAGUCCUCAUCUCCUAGCCACAGGCAGCUGCAGCAACAGCAGCAGCAACAGCAGCAGCACCCUGCCCAGCAGCACCAAGGUGUGUCUCAGCGUCAUGGUGGAGUUUCUGCAGCAGUGAAGGAUGAGAGUUCGCUGCUGCGUCCUGCUGCAGCGGGCAGCAGCAGCAGCGGAUCCAAGGGGCCUCACUCAGGCCGCAGCGGCAACCGCAGCGGCAGCAACACACCCACAGGCGUCUACUUCGAUGCAGCUCGGCAGCUAUGGAGGUGUCAGUGGAGGUCUGAAGGGAGGCUGCGCAGCAAAGGGUUUGCUGUUGCUCGUUAUGGCAGCUCGGAGGAAGCAAGAGAGGCAUGCAUUGCCUAUAGGGAGCUUGUAGUGCAACAGGGAGCAGCAGCAGCAGAAGCUGCAGCAGAAGCUGCAGCAGCAGCCGCAGCAGCAGGCGGCACACGAGCCAGUCCAGCCACAGACAGACCCUCAGGAGUAACAGAAAGGCAUUUGCAAACACCCACAGGGCAGUUAGCUGCUGCCCCAGCAGCAACAACAGCAACUGCAGCAGCAGCUGCACCAGAGCUCCGACAACAGAGCCGAGAGAGAUCGUCACCCAAGGGCAAGACUGUAGGAGGCAACACAAGCAGCAGCAGCAGCAGUAGUAGCGAGAGCGGCAGCAACAGCAGCUCUUGUGAUAACAUUGCUGCUCUCCCGGCGCUUUAUCAUGAUAGCUUGCUGCAGCAGGCAGCAGCGCAAACAGCUCCUGUUGCCGCUGCAACGACAGCAGCAGCUGCUGGUGCUGUGGCUGGUGCACCUCAGCUUGCAAAUGCAGUGCAGGAUGCAGCAGCAGGCGCUGUCUCUGUUCUGCUGGCAGAAACUGGAUGCAACGACGGCAGCAGCAGCAGCGGCAUAUUGGCAUCGCAGCAGCAGCAGUUGCCUGCUGCAGCUGCUCUUGCUGCUCCUGCACCAACAACAGCAGCAGCAGCAGCAGCGCUGCAGGGGGAAAAGCUAAUCGAAUUCGCUGGGGACAUCCUGUCUCUGUUAAAUCGUGCAAGGGAAGUGGCGGCAGUGGAGAAGCAGCUGCAUGAGCAGCGUAUUAAGCUGCAGCAGCAACAGCAACAAGAGCAAGAGCAACAGCAACAACAGCUGCUGCUGCAGAAUCAGGCAGAGCAGCAGGAACUGCAGCCUACCAGCGUGGCAAACGUACCAACAGACACCGAUAGGGCGCAGCUACGGCGGCUCCUUGUGUCGCACUUGGAACAUGCGUUGCAGCAGCAGCAGCAGCGCAUGCAACAGUUGCAGCUACUUGGUGAUAUAGAUCUCCGACAGCAGCAACCGUUAGGGGAGGACGGGGCCUUGCAGCAGCAACAGCAGCAAAUGCUCCUUCAUAGGGUUGCUGCUCUAAGCAGCCAGGCCGUCCAACAGCUGCAGGAGGUGCUGCAGACAUUGCUGCUGAUCCCGGCGCCGCAGCAGCAGCAACACCAACAGCAACAGCAACAACAGCAGCAACCGCAGGAGCAGCUUGGAGUGGAGACGUUGUUUCCAUGGGAUUGCCCUUCAGCAGGUGCAGCGUCAGCAACAGCACCAGCAGCAGUAACAGCAGGAGCGACACCCGAUGUGGAGCAGCAGCAGCAGCAGCAGCAGGGAACCUGCGACUCUGCUGCAGCAGGUGAGGGGCCGCAGAAACAGAAAAGGGAGGAGAUGGGCCCUGCAGCAGCAGCAGCAGCAGCAGCACAAGAAGGCAUGGGACCAACGAAAAGGCUCCGCUUAACUUUUUGA